UUUUUUUUUUUUUUUUUUUUUGUUGUAAAUUAAAGCAGUGAAUGUCCGAAAUCAUUACAUCCAUUGGAACCUCUUCUCACCUCUGCUUUGUUCUUCUUCUUCGUUCGAUCUGUAAGCGCAUUUUUCCUCCUUGGCCCAUACCUCAAGUUUCAUCUCUCAUUGGAUCCACUCUUACUCCUCCUUUGUCUUCUUAAAUUUGGGUUUUUUCUUUUUUCCUUUUGUUCUCCUGAUCUCCAGCUGUAUUGAAGACUCUUGGAUUGAAGCAUGAUUUCUAAGGAGGUUUUUUAAAGGUUUAUUGAAGUUCGCAUCUGCCCCGUAUGAGCAAAAGAUAGGUUGGAAUUUUUCUUCUCAGUGCUUCUCCUAUGACGGACCAAGGCUCUGUUGAUGAGAUUUUAGAGUUCCUUAGGCAGAAUCGUUUCUCUAAGGCAGAGGAAGCUUUGCGUAAUGAGCUGAAUAACCGCUCUGAUAUUAAUGGCUUUCUUCAGAAACUUAAGCUGGAGGAUAAAGAUUCUAAUGAAAAGGAUGAACUUAGGAGGUCAGGUUCUCGUGAUAGUGAAGUCUCCAAGGAGCUGAUUGUGAAAGAGGUAGACUGUGGGACUAGCACCAAUGGUUCUGUUAUCAAGUGGGAAAACGGUGCUGCUGCUGAGAAACCGAGCAAGAAGGAGACGGGUGUAUCUAGUGAGAUGAGCUUUACAUUCUCCGGUGAUGCUGCUGCUGUUCCUGAUGCGCAAUCCUAUAAAUUUACUUCCGGAGGAAAUGGUACCUCGGAGCCUUAUCGAAACAUUGAUGAUAAUAGUAGUAGCAGCUUCGUCGAUUCAUAUGCGUUCGAACAAUUUAGGCAUGGGCGUUUGGCUGAUAUCGAUAAGAAGAUAGUGGAAACUGGUGAAGAUAUUGUUUUCUGUGGCAAUAAGAGUAAUUCUUGGUCUGGAAAUACUAGUCAAGCGAACUCCGGGUCCAAUAUAAAGGAAACAUAUGAGACAGAUCGGCUAGUUAAAAAUUUUGGAAAGCAUGACGGUUAUAAGGGAAGCAUUCUUUUAAGAACUGAAGAUAUUGUAGAUACCUCAGGGAACUGGAAAGAGUCUUCUGAUAAUAAUCUUUUUCAAUCUUCGAGAGGGGAUGCGUCAACCAGUUACAAUCUGGUAAGCAACCCGGACAAAAGAGAGGGAAAGAAAAAGGCAGACAUUAGUGAUGUGAGGGAGGCAAUCAAGGAGCAGGAGAGCGAGGUGGCAAGAGCUUUAUUUUUUGGUAAAUCUCAAUCCACUUUUGAUGACAAAAACAUGGGUAGCUUAGGUUUUCCACUUGUCUAUGACACCCGCAAGGAAGAGUAUCCUAGGCUGCCUCCUGUCAAGCUCAAGUCUGAAGACAAUCCUCUGAGUCUUUACUGUGAAGAAAAAUUUGAACGUAAUGGUUCAGGUCUAAGGCUAGUCAAUGAUGAGGAGGCCCUUCUCAUAGGCUCAUACCUUGAUGUUCCCAUUGGGCAAGAAAUUAGCUCAUCAGGUGGGAAAAAAUCUGCUGGGGGAAACUGGCUUUCAGUAAGUCAGGGAAUAGCAGAGGACGCAUCAGAUCUUGUUUCUGGUUUUGCUACUAUUGGUGAUGGUUUAAGUGAAUCUGUUGACUAUCAUAAUGAAUACUGGGAUUCUGACGAGUAUGAAGAUGAUGACGACAUUGGGUAUGUCAGGCAACCUAUUGAAGAUGAAACAUGGUUUCUUGCCCAUGAAAUUGAUUAUCCAAGUGAUCAUGAGAAAGGAACGACCCGCAGAAGUCCUGAUCACCAUGGAAGAGAUGGAAACAAAGACGACGAUGAUCAGUCUUCUGCAGAGGAGGCUUCUUAUUUAUCCGGUGAACAGUAUCUCCAAGCAAAAGAUGAUGAACCUAUUUCUUCAGAAAAUGACCGAAGGCUUACGGUCUCAGAAAUUUAUCCACCUAGUAAGAAAAAUGAUUUAAUAGCACAAUAUGAUGGGCAAUUGAUGGAUGAGGAGUUGCUCAAUUCAAUGCGUGAUGAGCCUGUGUGGCAGGGGUUUGUGGGUCAGUCAAAACAGCUUUACACUGAGUCAGACAAGAAACAUAUUGAUGGAGCAACCAUGAAUAAACAGAAAGCAAGUAAAUAUGAUGGUCCAGGUUACAUUGUUGAUCAUGAUCCAGGCGCAAGUUUUGAUGUGAAGAUUCAAACUGAUGGAGGUUUUUCGUUUGGCUCCUCACAGAAAGAUGGCCAGUUAAUGCAUUCAGAAUCUAGUAAAUCACUAUGGUCAGGCAAUCGCCAAACGGUAACCGGAGAUAGGAAGGCCGAACGUUUGAAUGCUUCAACAGCUACAGAUGAUAUGGUUGCAACUUGGAGACGAAAAAGUAGUGAUUCAUCGAGUUCUCGAAGUUCUGUGAAAGAAAAUAAUGCAAUGUCCAUACAAUCUGUAAACUCAUCUCCUUCUUCUCUGUCUAAUUAUGCUUGUGAAGAAAGAAAGCAUGCUGAUAAAGAAGAUGAUAGAAAUGAUAGCAGUGAAAGAGAGGAUGACCAUGCGACAGCAAUUGAUGAUGAAGAGGCAGUGGCUGUCCAAGAGCAAGUCAGACAAAUUAAGGCCCAAGAGGAGGAGUUUGAAACCUUUGACCUCAAAAUUGUGCACAGAAAAAACAAAACUGGUUUCGAGGAGGAAAAGAACUUUCACGUGGUUUUAAAUUCGGUCAUUGCUGGGCGGUACCAUGUCACCGAGUACCUUGGAUCAGCAGCCUUCAGUAAAGCCAUACAAGCGCAUGACUUGCAGACAGGAAUGGACGUCUGUAUAAAGAUUAUAAAGAACAACAAAGACUUCUUUGACCAGAGUCUUGACGAGAUAAAACUUUUGAAGUAUGUCAACAAGCAUGAUCCUGCUGACAAAUACCAUCUUCUACGGUUGUAUGAUUACUUUUACUACCGGGAGCAUUUGCUAAUUGUAUGUGAACUUCUUAAGGCUAAUCUAUACGAAUUCCACAAAUUCAACAGAGAAUCAGGUGGUGAAGUUUACUUCACAAUGCCAAGAUUGCAGUCAAUCACUAUCCAGUGUCUCGAAUCACUUCAGUUUUUACAUGGCCUUGGACUUUUACACUGUGAUUUGAAGCCUGAGAACAUAUUGGUGAAAAGCUAUAGCAGAUGUGAAAUAAAAGUCAUUGACCUUGGAAGUAGCUGUUUCGAGACAGAUCACCUAUGCUCAUAUGUCCAGUCAAGGUCAUAUAGAGCACCAGAAGUCCUUUUGGGACUUCCUUACGAUAAAAAGAUAGAUGUAUGGUCUCUUGGGUGCAUUUUGGCUGAAUUAUGUACAGGCAACGUUCUUUUCCAAAAUGAUUCUCCAGCCAGUUUGCUUGCAAGGGUAAUGGGGAUCGUAGGAUCUUUCGAUAAUGAAAUGCUAACCAAGGGACGUGAUUCCCACAAAUACUUCACAAAAAACCGAAUGCUUUACGAGCGGAAUCAGGAAAGCAACAGAUUGGAGUACCUGAUACCGAAAAGAACAUCGUUGAGACAUAGGCUUCCAAUGGGAGACCAAGGAUUCACAGACUUUGUGGCUCAUCUUCUUGAGAUAAACCCAAAGAAGCGUCCUUCUGCAGCAGAGGCUCUGAAGCACCCUUGGCUUUCAUACCCAUACGAGCCAAUCUCUGCUUAAACUAUUGUUGUCUUACUAAAAAAAAGCUGCAAGGCAGAUUAGUGGAAAACCUUAUCUGUGGCAACUGGCAAGGGUUCAACCAAACCCCGUUGGUGGGUGACAGUCACCUUUACUACAACAAAUUUGUGGAUUUCUUGUUCAGUCAAAAUGUGAGAUGAAAAGAAGGAAAAUUUUUGUGAUAUUUUUGGAUUAGAAUUGUAACACUUGUGUUGUCAUAGUUGUGAUUAUUAUCAUUCUCUUAGAACAGAUUAGUAGUUAAAAAAAACCUUGUUUGUAUCAUCUGCUGAUCCUUAGUCAUUUGAUUCUGAUUUAUAAAUGUUAUUUUCUA